CAUCAUAAUCAAUUUUUCAAAUUAACAAAUAAAUCAUAUAUUGAAAUCGAACCAAGAUGAUGAUUCUUACCAUUGUCGUGUUAUUGGCUGCAAACACUUGGGCCACACCGAUUCUUCCAUCAUCACCAAAUGCAACUAUUGUUGGUGGUGUGAAAGCACAAGCCGGUGAUUGUCCAUAUCAAAUUUCCUUGCAAUCAAGCAGCCAUUUUUGUGGUGGUAGUAUCCUGGAUGAAUAUUGGAUCUUGACCGCUGCACAUUGUGUCAAUGGACAAUCAGCAAAAAAACUUUCAAUUCGUUACAAUACUCUUAAACAUGCAUCUGGUGGUGAAAAGAUUCAAGUGGCGGAAAUUUAUCAACACGAAAAUUAUGAUAGCAUGACUAUCGAUAAUGAUGUUGCAUUGAUAAAACUCAAAACACCAAUGACAUUGGAUCAAACAAAUGCUAAACCCGUACCAUUGCCAGCACAAGGAUCAGAUGUAAAAGUUGGUGAUAAAAUUCGUGUUUCUGGUUGGGGUUAUCUUCAGGAAGGAAGUUAUUCAUUACCAUCGGAAUUACAACGUGUUGAUAUUGAUGUUGUAUCACGUGAACAAUGUGACCAAUUAUAUUCAAAAGCAGGCGCCGAUGUUAGUGAAAAUAUGAUUUGCGGCGGUGAUGUCGCUAAUGGUGGUGUUGAUUCAUGUCAAGGUGAUUCUGGCGGACCAGUUGUUGAUAUUGCCACUAAACAAAUUGUUGGUAUUGUUUCAUGGGGUUAUGGUUGUGCACGUAAAGGUUAUCCAGGUGUCUAUACACGUGUUGGUAAUUUUGUCGAUUGGAUUGAAUCAAAACGUUCACAGUGAAUGAUAAAAUGGCAACAACGGUCACAAUGGCACGAUAAUACACCCUUACGUGCAAUCAUUAUGUUUUUUAUAAUUUUCUUUUUUCUUCUAUCUCUUUAUUUUUUAUCCAAAGUAAAAAAACAACAAAAUCAA